AUAAUCUGCUUUGCAAAUACACUUGGUUUUUCUUCUACAUUCACUGAAAACUUGGUCCCAUCUCACUUCACAGAAGGCUUCAUGGAUUAAAGGAAAUACAUCACCUCCCCCUUGCUUCCCACAAGACGUCAUCCCAAGACUUCCAGUGGAUGCAUGAGGCUACAGGAGCUCCAACAGAGCCAGAGGCGACAAGACCACCAGCAGCGAUGACAAAUUGAAGACUUCAAUCAAAGGCGGCGGCCGGCGGCUCGAGCUCGGGCAGCGGCGGCGUCUUCCGGAGUCCCGCGGCGAAGAUGCUCAAAGUCACGGUGCCCUCCUGUCCCUCCUCGCCCUGCUCCUCGGUCACCGCCAGUACUGAGAACCUCGUCCCGGAUUACUGGAUCGACGGCUCUAACCGGGAUCCUCUGGGCGAUUUCUUCGAGGUGGAGUCAGAGCUGGGACGGGGUGCUACAUCCAUUGUGUACAGAUGCAAACAGAAGGGGACCCAGAAGCCCUAUGCUCUCAAAGUGUUAAAGAAAACAGUGGACAAGAAGAUUGUGAGAACAGAAAUAGGAGUUCUCCUGCGUCUCUCACACCCGAACAUCAUAAAACUCAAGGAAAUAUUUGAAACCCCCACAGAAAUCAGCCUGGUCCUUGAGCUGGUCACAGGAGGAGAGCUGUUUGACAGGAUUGUGGAGAAGGGAUACUACAGUGAGCGAGAUGCGGCUGAUGCGGUGAAGCAGAUCCUGGAGGCCGUUGCUUACCUGCAUGAAAAUGGGAUUGUCCAUCGUGAUCUCAAACCAGAGAAUCUUCUCUAUGCAACUCCAGCCCCUGAUGCACCCCUCAAAAUUGCUGAUUUCGGACUUUCAAAAAUUGUGGAACAUCAAGUGCUCAUGAAGACAGUGUGUGGAACCCCAGGGUACUGCGCACCUGAGAUUCUCCGAGGCUGUGCCUAUGGACCUGAGGUGGAUAUGUGGUCUGUAGGAAUAAUCACCUACAUCCUACUUUGUGGAUUUGAACCAUUCUAUGAUGAGCGAGGUGAUCAGUUCAUGUUCAGGAGAAUACUGAAUUGUGAAUAUUACUUUAUCUCCCCCUGGUGGGAUGAAGUGUCUUUAAAUGCCAAGGACUUGGUCAAAAAGCUCAUUGUUUUGGAUCCCAAGAAACGGCUGACUACAUUUCAAGCCCUCCAACACCCAUGGGUCACAGGUAAAGCGGCCAACUUUGUCCACAUGGACACUGCUCAGAAGAAACUUCAAGAAUUCAAUGCUCGGCGCAAGCUUAAGGCGGCAGUGAAGGCUGUGGUGGCCUCUUCUCGGCUGGGAAGUGCCAGCAGUAGCCACACCAGCAUCCAGGAGAACCACAAGGCCAGCUCGGAUCCACCUUCAACCCAAGAUGCCAAGGACAGCACAGAUCUUCUGGGAAAGAAAAUGCAAAAGGAGGACCAAGUGGCGGCCGAGACUCCAGCCAAUGAGAUGAGGAAGCUGCAGUCCAAGGAGGUGGAGAAAGAUGCAGGUGUAGAAGAGGAGGAGACCUCCAGUAUGGUGCCUCAGGCUCCAGAGGAUGAGCUGGAAACAGAUGACCCAGAGAUGAAGAGGGAUUCAGAGGAGAAGCUGAAGAGUAUGGAGGAAGAAAUGGACCCCAUCACUGAGGAGGAAGCCCCUGACGAGGAACUUGGGGUUCCACAGCAGGAUGCGAUUCAGCCAGAGUACUAAGCUGGUUUCCUUUAGGUCAGGGCCAACCCCAGCAUUUUAUGCACUCUGUCCCUCAGCAAGGCGGGGAAGCAUGAUAUGCACUAUAGUGAUUCUGUUUUGAGGUGCAAAAAAACCCCAUAUAUACCAGUUGGUAACCCUAAUGUCAGUGCAUGUGUUUGCUUUAUGAAAUAAUGGCAUUUUCUAUGGCAUGUAAUGGAUACCUAAUACCGAUGAGUUAAAUUUGAAAUUUCUAGCAAACAACGCAACACUUUAACAUUCUCAGCCUUUGGUGGCACAUAUUGAAGUGAAAUGGCAAACAGACUUUGAAAGCUUAGGCAUCCUACACCCACUAGAAGUCUUCAAAAGAGGGCAAUUCCUUUGAACUCAGCUAAAACCAGCUGGAGUUAGAGGACACAUUCCCAUGACUUUUCAAAUACUUGCAGUGGGAAGGGCCGAGUAGGCCGUUAUGAAAGUAGGCUGAAGAUGGUUAUAAAAGAUAACCUGUAGAGUGUGCAAAAACAUCCAUGUACAGUGUUGAGAAGUUGAAGCAUUCUUACAAGGCUCUGAGUCCACAGUCCUCUUAAGUGUAUGCAGAGAAUGUCUUAUUUUUCUUUAGUAUAAUAUAUAAGAAUACCCAAAAUGUUCAGCAUAAAAUUCUGCCAGUUUACAAUUCUUGGGAAAUUAUUUUUUAAACUGUGCCGCUACUUUCCUCUACCUGCCUUUCCAAUAAAAUGCCCCCCCCCGCCCCCGCAGAGUACAAAACCUAGGAAAGAGGAGAUUUAACUAAAAUGAGAUAGAAUUAGGCUUUGGAUGUACCAAGAUUAACUCCUUUUCAUUUCUCACAAAAAUUUGCAUUUGUGAGCUUAUAUGAUAUUUUGCAUAUGAGAACAUUUUUAUGGAUACACUCCACAAGUAGCAAGUUUCAAACUUUUGGAAAAGUCCAUUGUACAAAUCGAUGCCAAAAUGUCUGAAUCUUAUAACACUGCAUUCAAUGGUUAGAUUACUUAGUACUGAGGUUGUUAGAGUAAGGAAAUGUUAGCACAAGGAAAUGUCCACCUAUGUAUACAUACUGUUCAUUAAAAUUCACUAUGAAAGCUAGGAGUUUUUCCAAUGGAGGGGUUUACACAUUUUAUAAUGUUGAAAUAUGUUGAAUAUACGCCAAGAAAUUUAGCAUAGGGUGAACUUUUUUUUUUUUUGCCUUAAAAAUAAGCAAAACCAAAAAUAAAA